GAAAAAAUAAAAAGGCUCUCUCUCUUUCUCUCUCUUCUCUCACUCCAAAACCCAAAGACAAUGGGUAAGGUACCAACUGCGGCAGCAGCAACAACCGAGAUGAAGAGAAAGAAGAAAGGCCGUCCUUUGAAGAACCCCCCUCCUCUCUCCACCCCACCAAAAACCCCUCUUUCCAAUUCCACAAGCCGACGAUCCACGCGCCGGAACCCUAACAAUCAUGAUUCUCCGCCGCGGCCGGAAUUCGACGACGACGAAGACGAGCGCAAGGAGAAGAAGGUCAAGCUCGUCGUUCGCCUGCCUCAAUCGGAUGACAAGACUGUUGCCGAUGAGAAGAAUCAGCACCAGCUCCAGCACAGCGGCCGGCAUUCCCACGAUUCCAAUUCUGGUUCUGAGUCCGGGUCGGGCUAUGAUUCUGACCCUGAGGAUGAGGAUCGGGAGGGUUCCGCGAAGAAACGCAAGAUAAUUGACGACGAUGGCGGAUCUGACGAUGGGGGUUUGGAUCAGGAUAAAGAGGUCUUGAAAGCGACAGACACUCCUCUACAAGUAUCACCCAUGGAGUCUGGUCCCACAGCUCCUUUACCUGAAAAAAAGUUGUUGGUCUUCAUUCUUGACAGGCUUCAAAAGAAGGACACAUAUGGGGUAUUUUCUGAGCCAGUGGAUCCUGACGAGCUGCCUGAUUAUUUUGACAUAAUAAAGCAUCCAAUGGAUUUUGGAACUGUUAGGAAGAAACUUGAGAGUAGGGCUUACAAAAACUUGGAUGAGUUGGAGGCUGAUGUAGAUUUGAUAUGCUCGAAUGCCAUGCAAUAUAAUGCUUCGGAUACGGUCUAUUUUCGGCAGGGACGGGCUAUACAAGAGCUUGCAAAGCGAGACUUUAAAAAUCUGAAGCAUGAAGGUGCUGAUGGUGUACCCCAGCCCAAGAUAGUGCGGAGAGGCAGGCCACCAAGUAGUAAGAAUCAAAAGAAAGCUAUUGAGACAUCCCCAGUAGAUCGUGUUGGUACUGACCUUUCUUCGGGUGCAACUCUUGCUAAUGGAGAAGAUAAGGCAACAGGAUCUAAUUCGUACAAUCUAAGAAAGGCAUCACCAUUACUUAGGUACAGGUCCUCUGACUCAUUUUUGUCACCUUACACCUCAAGAAAUGGUGAAAACUACUCUGAGUAUUCGACGGAUUGGAAUAAUGAAUUUCCAGCAUCAAUUUUAAGGGCUGACAAUAAAUAUGGAAAAAAACAGUUUAUAGUGGAUGAGAACAAGCGCGAGACCUAUAGACAAUUUGAUCCGAUAUCUUUAGGCGACAAUUCACCCGUUUUAUAUCAUUCAAAUGGAAACAUGAAGCGACUUGUCCCGGUGGGUCUUCAUGAAGCCCUUGCUUAUGCUCGAAGCCUGGCCAGGUAUGCUGCAAAGCUUGGCCCCACAGCCUGGAAGAUGGCAUCGAAGAAGAUAGAGGCCAUCUUACCUGCAGGGGUACAAUAUGGUCCUGGCUGGGUGGGUGAGAAUGGAGCACCUCCCCAGCCAUUGCCUACCUCAAUUGCAAAUCAGAGAUCAUUUGCUGGUGAUUUUAAUGCAAGGAAACUUGUUACACCCCCAACUUCCGGCUUAAAUCCUCCUGUCGGGGGUGGGCCCUGUGAAGCCAUGGUCGAAGCUGUUAAGAAACUGAACAGCCAAAUUGAGGUGGCGGGACAAGGUGACGUCUCUUCUUGGAGAACACAAUUCCCACCCCAGCAAAAUCACAUGCACAACUCCCAUAGAAAUGGUUUUAGCGGAAUGUUUGGGUCAUCUGCAGCAGGUUCUGCUAGAGCAGCAGGGCCACAACCUUCAGUUUCGGAAGGGGUCUCUGCUCCAUCUCCAAAGGUGGAAACAGUAUCCCCAAGAAGUCGUUCAUCAAGUCAUUCUUCAGUUAUUGAGCAAGCUAAGUUGCCAGAAGGCAAUAACGGUGUACCCCCUGGAUUUCAAACAGCACAGGUUAAGUCCUCUACUUCCGUUGGAGAAGCUGAUAUGUGGAGCUCUGUCAAAUCUUCGUGGCCAGUGCAGCAGCAAAGAUAUAACCUUGCAGUUCCACCAGACCUGAAUGUUAGAGUCCCAGCCGGCUCACCUGGUUCAAGCCUGCAAAUUAGUUCACCACAACAGCCGGAUCUGGCAUUACAACUCUGAAUAUUAUUCAUCCAUUUUUAGGCUGCAGCUCUUUGGUGUUGUCAGUGAAAAAAAUAAACUCUGGCUUACAAUGAAGGCCUGCAGGUCGACGACAGAGUUCAUCAGAAAGCUUGUAUAGAUCAAUCGUGUAUCUAAUUCUUUAGGCAGAGUUGAAGAAUGUUUUAACAUUUAUGACUUGGACAAUGACCGACCGGGCAAGGGGAGUUAAUAGGAGCGACACCAGGGGAUAGCAAGGGUUUAGGUUGUCUGAGUAGGUUGGAUUACAUAGAUAGGUUUCUCCAUUUGGAUAUGAAUCAACAUUAAGUGUAACAAUAUUUACAUGAGCUCAUUUAUUAGGUCCAAAUACUUUGACAGGUCUGGAUUUUUUGUCUAGUAA